AUGAGAAAAAAAUUUUCAUUCUUAUCAGAGAAUAUUGAUUUUCGUAGAGUAAAUACUUAAGGUUAGUAAGCUCUGAAUAAUAUGAAAUAGUUACCUUCUCUCUAAAAAUGUUUUUUCAAACCCAAAAUUGCCUUAACUCUCCAAUUCUUUGGUAAUAACAUAUUAUUUAGUUUUUAGUAUACAUUCUUAUACAAUUUAGUUCAAGUUUAUGUGAAUAAAUAUUUUAUUAAAUGAUUGAAAAUAAUAUGUAUUGCUUUGACCAUAUUGAAAAUAAAAUCCUGAAUGUUUGUAUUGCAGAUCAUUAAUGCUAAAGAAAGCUUUGCUAAGAUUGUGCUCAUAAUUAACAAGUUUCUUCAGAAUAAUUGAUUCCUAUAACAAAUUUUCCAGACUUUAUCUUAAGAAAAAUGUAAAAUUUAGUUGAUGCAAAUUUGUAAUAAACAUUCUAAUUAAAAAAAAAAAUGACUGAAAUCCAGAAGUUAUUGGAAAAAUUAGGAGAAUAGUUUUAAAAGUGUUUAUCUGAUUCAUAAAAAUAAAUUCAGGAGAUUUUAAAUUAAAUAAAUAAUGGUGAUUAAAAUUACUUAAGAUUACUGAAUUAUUAUAUUAAACCAAGUGAAAUCUCUUCAAUUGAUUUGGAAUUAAUUAUUAGAUCAAUUCACUAAAAAAAAUUAGAAUAAUGGAUUAUUGACAAAAAAUCAUUUUUAAAUCCAAUAACAGAUAUGUAAUGCUCUAUAGAAUAGCAUUUCAGAGAUUAUUUAACAACAAUAUCUGAAUAAUUAAAAGUGCUUCUUCAAUUAAAGUAUUAAGUAAUGCUAUUCUAGUGUAAAAAUAAAAGAAAACAAAAAUAAAAAUUGGUAAGAAGGAAAAAUAGAAACAAAAGGAAUAGAAAACAACUUUAAUCUUUGGUCUCUUGAGUAUUAAGUAUAAAAAACAAGUUUAACGAUUGAAUAUAACAAUGAUUCAGAAAUAAUCUAUAUCAAGGAUGGAGUAAAACUGAAAAAGUAAUAUGAAAUAUGAUAUUAUUGAUAGAGAAACAAUAAAAAAUAAAUUAAAAUCAUUUAAUGUGAUUAGGAGUUUAGAUUAAAUUAAAUGUUUAGAAUGGUCAAUAAGAGAUGAUUACAAUUUGAAUUAUGAAAAAUGUACAGCCCUAUAUACUGGUGAAUUUUUCUAAGCAGGAGGAAUAUAGACUAAGGAAGGUAUAAAAAUAGGACAGUGGAUUGAUUUAUCUGAAAAUUUUAAUAAGUAAGAAAUAUUAUUAGUAAGAUCCUCCGUAACUUUUUACAAAGGAAAUUACAACUAGGAUAAAAAAGUAGGAGUUUGGGAUAUAUUAAUAAAAGAUAUCAUAAUGUUAUUUCUAUACUCUUAAUUUUAGAGGUUGCGGAGUUUAUGAUGAUUAUGGUAGCAAGAAUGGUUUAUGGGUUGAUCUACACCAGAAUUUUUCGAAGUAAUUGGUUAGUUGAACUUUAGCAAUUGUAAAAUACUUUAAAUUGGUUAAUAUCAAAGUGGAAAAAAAGUAGCCAAAUGGGAAAUCUAUUACAAUAAUCUUAUUAUGUUUAUAUUUCAAAAUAUAUAGCGGCGGCGGUAUGUAUAAUAAAGGAUCUAAAGUUGGGAAAUGGAUCACCCUGCAUGAAAACUUUUAGAAGUAAUAUUAUUUCUAAUGUAGUUCAUGCUUGGUUACAUAUUCUGGAGAAUAUCAAGGAAGAAAAUUUGGAAGGUGGGACAUUAUCUAUUAAAAUGAAAUCAUGUAACUUUAAAAUUUAAAUAUCAUUAGAGGAGGUGGGCUUUAUGAUAGAAAGGGAUAGAAAAUGGGAAAAUGGAUAGAUGUUCAUGAAAAUUUUUUUGAGUAGAUAGAAUUAACAAAAUUAGUUAUUGCUUUGUUCUUUAUGAAGGUGAAUAUGUUGGUGGCAAAAAAUAAGGUGUUUGGAAUUUAUUUAUGCAUGAAAACUAAAUAUAAACAAAAUUGUUAAAAUUAAAAUAUAUUUUUUAGAGGUGAAGGGAAUUAUAAUAAAUUUGGAUAAAAACAAGGAAAGUGGGUUGAACCAUUUGAUAAUUUUUUCAAGUAAACAUAAUUAGAUAAACCUAGAGGUGGCAAAAUAAUAUUUAUUGGUGAAUAUGAUAAUGGAAUUAAGAUAGGAUAGUGGCUAACUUAUUUUUAAGAAUAAGAAAAUCAGUUCUAAUAAAUGUAGCAAUUUUUAAUUUUCUUAAGUGGCGGCGGUUCUUAUGAUUAGAAUGGUUUAAAAGUAGGAAUUUGGAAAGAUUUAUAUGAGUACUUUAAUUAGUAUUAAUAUCAAAUCAAUUAUUUAGUCGCAGUCAAAUUAUUUACGAAGGAGAAUAUCAAAAUGGUACAAAGCAUCGAAGAUGGAAGAUCUGGUAUAAUAAGUUUAAACAAAAUGACUAUUAAGAAAUGUAAAAUUAAUUUUAAAUAAUCCCAAUAGAGGAGCUGGAGAGUAUGAUAAGGACGGAAUGAAACAUGGAUAAUGGAUAGAUUUUAUGGAAGAAUUGUCAUGGUUUCAUUUUAUUCUAGAUUAUUUUAGUAGGGACUCUAUCUAUGCUGUUGAAUAUCAUCAUGGUGAAAUUUAAUAAAAAAACAAAUUACAUGAUUUGUUUGACUGAGUUAGAUGAGGUAUAUAAUGUUUG